AUGUUCAGAAACCACCUCAAGUUAGGAAUACCCUGCAGGUUCAACACUCGAUCACUACAUGGUCAUUAUUACAGCUCGACCUCAAUCAUCAAAACCUUCUACAGCCGCCAUUAUUCGUCUGGAUCUCUAUUCAAAUCAGAACAUUCUUCAAAGGCUGAUGUGGUCGAGGAGCUUGAGAGGCGAGGUCUCAUGGCUCAGGUGACCAGUCGUGCCAUCCGACAACAUUUAUUAGAUCGGCCACGCACAAUUUAUCUCGGCAUUGAUCCCACUGCCCAGUCCUUGCACGUUGGAAAUCUAGUGGUCCUCAUUGCCCUUCUUCAUUUCACAAUCCAGGGACAUCAGACAAUUGUCUUGCUUGGAGGAGCGACUGGAUCUGUCGGAGAUCCAUCUGGUCGGAAUUCUGAAAGAGUGGCUUUAUCGGAAAACGUAUUGAAAACCAAUUUGCAAUCCAUCGAAAAUCAGUUAAAAACACUGCUUUCAAAUUGUUUGAAGCAUGCCUCCACCGCGUUAUCGAUCAACCAUCCACCGAAUCGUCACCCAAUCAAUCCAUUACUACCCAUGAUCAAAAAUAAUCUUGAAUGGACGAAAGAUCUUCCGCUGCUGGAAUUUUUGGGCUCCGUCGGUAGGGUCGCACGCGUAUCCACUAUGCUCGCCAGGGAUAGUGUCAAGCAACGAUUGGAAUCAGGAUCAGGGAUAUCAUUUACGGAGUUUACAUAUCAACUUUUACAAGCAUAUGACUUUGCACAACUACGCUCGAGAUAUCAAUGUACGAUUCAACUUGGAGGUAGUGAUCAGUAUGGGAACAUCAUGAGUGGAAUCGAAUUAAUGGCCAAACUACAAAGCUCGUCAACCACUCAUCUUGGUACUGAAGGCAUCUCCGGUUCCACCCAGCAAUUGAAUUCAGACGAGAAUUCAAACCAUAACGUCGCUUUUGGGCUCACCGUCCCUUUGCUUACUACAAGAGAGGGCGAAAAGUUUGGAAAAAGCGCUGGGAAUGCGGUUUGGCUUGAUCCAAAUCUGACAUCUCCUGUCGAAUUCUAUCAGAAAUUCAUGUCCAUACCCGAUUCAGAGGUUCGCAAAUAUUUGAAAAUGCUGACAUUUGUUCCAUUAGAAGAACUUGAACAACAUUUUGAAAGUUCAAAACAUCUAGAUAAGCCAGACUCAAAAAGAGACCUCCAAAAACUACUAGCCACAGAGGUAACGCUACUGGUACAUGGUGAGAAAGGAUUGCGACAGGCUAUACAAGGAACGAAGUUUCUCUUCCCAACUGAGAAAGUUGAGCCUGACGGGUGUCAUUGGACCAGAGAAAAGCUGGACGUAACCUUUGAAAAUUCUCCGAAUAUGAUUGAACUGAAAUCUACUCAAGUAGUUGGACAAUCAAUUGGAAAUCUUUCAGUCACUAGUGGGCUUUGUCAAUCUAAAGCUGACGCUAAACGAAUAAUUAAAUCGGGAGGAGUUCGAUUCAAUCACCGCCAAAUCGCUGAUUUCGAUCAAGUAGUGUCGGAACACGACUUGAUCGACUCGGCUUACUUGCUACUGAUGCGUGGCAAGAGCACCAAUUAUAAAGUGGUUAAAGUUAUUCACUAA